GAUUUUAAAAUAUUUCCUGCACAUUUAUCAGCCCUGCGCUAAAAAUUUCAGCCUUGCCUUGGCAGUUCCCGGCAUUCUCCCUUCGAAAUCGCCGAGGCACCAACCGGCUUCAAGCAUCCGGAUUGCUGAAAAACACCAUCUCUCAUCGGGAUCUCUUCUUGUGAGCACCUCGUUCUACUAUCCAAGGUCUGCCACAUUGAAAAAAGGCACAGCCUGGCCCAGAGACAAUGAGCAUCUCUCGGAAAUCAUCAUCAGCAACAGGCACAUUUUUGGGAACUGCCUCCUCCUCCUCCUGCUCCAACAAAAGUGCCUCCGGCCCCGAAUCACUCCUUUUGAGUUUGCCAGCUGAAAUUCGAGAGGAAGUGUACAAGCAUCUCUUCCAUGAGGAACAUAAUCAGCCUUGCAACGUCGAUCUCGUCGGGCUUGGAAACACGGGCUGCUGGUGUGCUGAUGCACUCUCCCUCACUAACCGCCAGUUAUACGAUGAACUCAGACCGAGAUUCUACCAAGGCGUAAGAUUCGUCUUCAACAACCCUACUUGGGGCGAACGCUUCUUUCAUAGAUUUCGCCUUAUGGCAGACUCCGCACCUUGGAAUUAGAGGUCCUAUCAUAUGAUAGUGAGGUAUGGCCAGA